CCUCUCAUUAAGAUGUAAAAAUCUACAGCAUAUGACUUUGAACACUUUGUGCAUUAUGGGAUCUAUCUGUGAAAAAACCGGAUCACAUCAAACCAAGAAACAGAUUUAUAUGAUUUUAGUCGUCCGACCCUCUUGUUUCAAUUAAACGAUGCCACAUUAUCAGAUGAGAAUAAGAUGGGCUCAAAAUACCCUACAGUAGCAAUAUAUACUAUCGAUUGGCUCUACACAUAUUUGGGCCCUUUCAAUUCUAAGAUAUAUGAGCUAAGGACUGGAAGACUUUCAAAGAAAGAAGCCGAUAUCGCACUUGAAUACUAUCAAAUCUUUCGGUACAAUAAUAGCAACCAGCUACUACAAUAUAGUAGACUAUAUGGUAUAGACUACCAAUAUAUCUGUAACAAAUGCGAACUUGACAAAAGAUAUGGCGAAUUGAGGUUUGGCAAGGUUGAAUUUGAUCCUGUUGUAUUAUAUCCGUUGUACCAUGGUCCCUUUUUGUAAUAAACUAAGAUGAGAUAUAAAACGAAAGUAAGAGACACGC